CAAGGAGGAGGCACACCCACUUUAUCGUCACGUGGCUUUAAAUGGCGUCUCAAACCCUGCAAAGAAAUACACUAGAGAAGGAACUAUAACGGCACUGUGUAGAAUAGUAUAAGAGAGAGAUUCUAUUAGUUGGAAAGAUUGCAUCAGUGGUACUACUUGUACUAAAGACUAAAGACAAAGACUAAAAAAAUUCUAUCCCAAGAUGUUGGCGUUUAUCAACAAGAUAGUCGACUGGUUCAAGAGUUUAUUCUGGAAGGAAGAGAUGGAGCUGACUUUAGUUGGCCUCCAGAACUCGGGGAAAACCACUUUCGUCAACGUUAUAGCUAGUGGCCAGUUCAAUGAGGAUAUGAUACCAACUGUUGGCUUCAACAUGAGGAAGGUUACCAAAGGCAAUGUCACCAUCAAGCUGUGGGAUAUUGGUGGUCAGCCUCGGUUCAGGAGCAUGUGGGAGAGGUACUGCAGAGGAGUCACCGCUAUUGUAUACAUGGUGGACUCUGCUGAUCAUGAGAAACUAGACGCCUCCAAGAAUGAGCUACACAGUUUACUAGACAAGCCACAGCUGGCUGGAAUACCUGUGCUGGUGCUUGGGAACAAGGUGGACCUUCCCAACGCUCUCAGAGAGAGGGAACUCAUUGAAAGACUAAGCUUGAAUGAUGUGAAGGAUCGGGAAAUCUGCUGUUAUUCUAUUUCGUGUAAAGAAAGAGAGAAUAUCGAUAUCACACUGCAAUGGCUAAUCCAGACCUCAAAAGCAAAGAAAUAACUGACCCACUGACUACAAGAUACCUUAAACUUUACCAACUAAUAUUGUGCGUGAUAAUAUUUCAUUAUGUAUUGUAACGUUUGUGCUAUUAAUACGCAAACUCGUCAGAUUUAACUCUUACAAGUUUUCUAUUUGUUUGUGUUUGUGUCUGGAAUACAUGUGUUCUUAUACUGGUAUGCCUGAGUGGUGUUUGUGUGAUCCACAUUUAUAAAAUAA